GUAGUUCGGUCGCGCGAGGAGGAAAAAAAAAAAUUAAGAUGGCGUCUCGUCAAAGAAAUACGGGAUGGUCUGAGAAGAGUGAUGAUCGGAAAAUGAUUUAUCACGCCACAACUGAGAAAGUUUAAGAUGCUUGCUGAGUGUUGAGCGAACUUCAGCCAUUAAUGCGUUGAACGUGAGAGUUUAACAGCGUCUACAUGUAGACCCGGAGCUGAAAUCGGUCAACUUUGCUAGCAGCGGUAGCUGGCCGACGUUAACUACCAGUCCUUACAACAACAGAGGAAGGAGAGCGACCACAGUCCCUAUCACACCCCGGGACAUCGAGGUGUCUUCGGGGAAAUGGAAGCAGAAGAGUUUAUUCCUCCUCCGGAGUGUCCCGUUUUUGAGCCGUCAUGGGAGGAGUUUCAGGAUCCCUUGGGCUACAUCGCCAAAAUACGUCCAAUUGCAGAGAAGUCUGGAAUCUGUAAAAUUCGUCCCCCAACAGACUGGCAACCACCAUUUUCAGUUGAGCUGGACACCUUUCGCUUUACACCUCGCAUCCAGAGGCUUAAUGAGUUGGAGGCUGAGACCAGAGUAAAGCUCAAUUAUUUGGACCGCAUCGCCAGAUUUUGGGAGAUUCAAGGGUCUUCUUUAAAAAUCCCACAUAUUGAAAGGCGAAUUGUUGAUCUUUACAGCCUGUCAAAGAAUGUGACAGAUGAGGGGGGGUUUGAGAUGGUCUGUAAGGAGCGGCGCUGGGCUCGUAUAGCUCAGAGGCUUGGCUACCCUCCAGGCAAGAACGUUGGCUCUCUCCUGCGCUCACACUAUGAGAGGAUUGUCUACCCAUUUGAAAUGUUCCAGUCUGGGGCCAGCCUUCUGCAUUACAAGCCGAAGCACUACGAUGGUGAAGAUGUGGAUAAAGAGUACAAGCCUCACUCGAUCCCGUUGAGACAGUCUGUGCAGCCGUCCAAAAUGAGCAGUUAUGGACGCAGAGCGAACCGGUGCCAGCCUGAUGGUCCAGAGGAUCUGGCCCCCCAUCCUCUCACCACUGGCUCUCAACUCAUCUCUGCGCCUGAACCUACAGAGGAGGACAUCGAGAAGAACCCCGAGUUGAAGAAAUUACAGAUCUACGGUGCGGGGCCUAAGAUGAUGGGACUUGGGCUGGUGGCGAGGGACAAAGGUCUUAGGAAGAAAGAUGAGCUGCCUCAAACUGUUACCAUCAAAGACAACGAGUUGCCCGCCUCCAGUGAGUCACUGAUCAAAUCUGAGCCACUGGAGCCUGAAGAGAGACUGGCUGAUGGAGGCACAUCCAGCCCACAGCUGCCUCAUCACAGUGCUACAGUAAAGAUGGAGGUGAAGAAAGAAGAGCUGCACGGUGAGAAUGACAAGAAUGGAGAUGAUCCAGACGGAUCCAAAAUGACCAUGAGGCUAAGACGCAACCCCAACAACCCACAGUGUGUGGAUUCUUUUAUCUGCCGGAUGUGUGGUCGUGGAGAUGACGACGACAAACUUCUUCAGUGUGACAGUUGUGAGGAGAACUAUCACUCUUACUGUCUGCUGCCCCCCCUCUCUGAUAUCCCCAAAUCCAACUGGCGAUGCCCAAAAUGUGUCGCAGAAGAGUGCAAGAAACCUUCAGAGGCAUUCGGCUUUGAACAAGCGACGAGAGAGUACUCUCUGCAGAGCUUUGGAGAAAUGGCAGAUGCCUUCAAAGCAGAUUACUUCAACAUGCCUGUCCAUAUGGUUCCCCCUGAGCUCGUGGAGAGAGAGUUCUGGAGGUUAGUGAGCUGUAUUGAAGAAGACGUGACUGUCGAGUAUGGAGCAGACAUACACUCUAAAGAGUUUGGCAGUGGCUUUCCAAUGAUGAACGGGAAAAAGAAUCUCACAAAGGAAGAGGAGGAUUAUGCCCGCAGUGGCUGGAACUUGAAUGUGAUGCCAGUUCUGGAGCAGUCGCUCCUCUGCCACAUCAAUGGAGACAUCUCUGGGAUGAAAGUGCCGUGGCUUUACGUUGGCAUGGUGUUUUCAACUUUCUGCUGGCAUAUUGAGGAUCACUGGAGCUACUCCAUCAACUACCUUCACUGGGGAGAACCCAAAACUUGGUAUGGAGUUCCCUCUGUGGCAGCUGAGCAGCUUGAGGGUGUUAUGAAUAAACUAACACCAGAGCUGUUUGAGUUCCAGCCUGACCUCCUGCAUCAGCUGGUUACCAUCAUGAACCCCAAUAUCCUCAUGGCUCACGGCGUACCGGUUGUACGCACGAACCAGUGUGCUGGUGAAUUUGUCAUCACCUUCCCCAGAGCCUACCACAGUGGCUUCAAUCAGGGAUAUAACUUUGCAGAAGCAGUCAACUUCUGCACUGCAGAUUGGCUCCCUGCUGGCCGACACUGUAUUGAGCACUAUCGGCGUUUGAGGAGGUAUUGUGUCUUCUCUCACGAGGAGCUCACCUGUAAAAUGGCUGCCAGUCCAGAGAAACUGGAUCUCAACCUGGCUGCAGCUACUCAUCGGGAGAUGUUCAUCAUUGUUCAGGAGGAGAGAAAGCUGCGCAAGAAUCUGAUGGAAAGGGGCAUUACUGAAGCAGAACGGGAGGCAUUUGAGCUGCUCCCUGAUGACGAGAGGCAGUGUGAUAAAUGUAAAACCACGUGCUUCCUGUCUGCUCUGGCCUGCUCAAACUGCCCCGAACAUCUCGUGUGUCUCUAUCACACUCAGGAUCUGUGCAACUGCCCCACUGAAAAACUCUACCUCAGGUACAGAUACACCUUGGACGAGUUGUUGGCGAUGUUACAUCGAUUAAAGGUCCGAUCCGAAUCUUUUGAUUCCUGGGCCAACAAAGUGAAAGAGACACUUGAACAGGAAGAUGGAAACAAGAUAGAAAUGUACGACCUUGAGAAGCUGAAGAUGGAAGCAGCAGAAAAGAAAUUUCCUGACAACGAACUUCUCAGGAAGCUGAACUCUGUUCUGAUAGACAUAACCUACUGCCAACAGACGAGUGCUGAGCUCCUCAAUGAUUCAAAAACUGGUGAAGGCAGAAUAACCUUUCAGGAGCUGAAAUCUUUGGUUGAGAAAAUGCAAAGCCUGCCCUGUGUUAUGAACCAGUUGGAGGAAGUUCAGGUGGUUUUGAGGACAGUUGAAGAUUUCCAAAAACGAGCUCAAGUUCUGAUCAACAAUAAGGACUGGAGGAAGGACACCCCCCCACCUGAGCAGCUGCAGUCUUUAUUGGAGGAAGGGGCCAAGCUGCCUGUGGUGGCUCCAGAGUGUGAUUUACUUCAGGGCCUGAAGAAGCAAGGCCAUUGGCUGGAGGAGGUGAGGUGCACGCUUGGCUCUGCAGGAGGAGAGAAGCACGAAGUGACACUGGAUGUGUUGAGGAACCUGAUGGAGGCGGGCUGCAACGUACCCCAGAGCGGGUCUGUAGAGACGGCCAUGGCUGAGCUUCAAGAACUGCUCACCAUUGCUGAACGGUGGGAGGAAAAGGCACAGAUCUGCUUAGAACAGAGGCAAAAACAUCCUCUCUCCACGUUGGAGGCCAUAGUAAAUGAGGCCCAGCUUAUUCCUGUCAAGCUUCCCAACAUCCUGGCUUUGCAGAGCUGUCUUGUACGAGCUCGGGCCUGGGUAACAGAUCUGGAGGAAAUACAGAAUGGGGAGCAUUACCCAUGUUUGGAUGACCUGGAAGGCCUGGUAGCCAUUGGAAGGGACCUCCCAGUUUUCAUGGAAGAGUUAAGGCAGCUGGAACUGCAAGUGGCCAGUGCUCACUCUUGGAGGGACAAGGCCACCAAGACCUUCCUGAAGAAGAGCAGCCAGCACACUCUACUAGAGGUGUUGUGUCCGUGUGCAAAAAGGAGAACUAAGCGAGUCGAGACAGAGCCCUUAGAAGAUGAUUCAGAUACAAACACGCUGGGGCUCUCCGCUCAGGCCUUAAGGGACCCUGCAGCUAUUGUGAUGGCGUUCAAAGAAGGAGAACACCAGGAGAAGGAGGCCCUGCUGAGGUUACAGGAAGUGAAUAUGUGCAAAUCUGGACUGAGCACAGCGAGCUGCAAAGAGAACAGGCAGUGGCAUGAGGCCAUGGAGACGGACACAUCAGGCCACUGUGAGAACUCUGUAACAGAGAAUGGAAACGGUGACCACAGCCGGCCCAGCCCUCAGUCUGUGUGUGCUGGGCAGACUCGUGCUCCUCAGCUCCGCUGCCAUCUUUGUAAGGACUGGUUCCAUGGUGGCUGUGUUCCUUGUCCUCCUCUGCUGCCCUCUUCUGGACCACCAAUCAACUACCUUUGUUGGUGGGACUGGGACACCCGCUUCUUGUGUCCUCAGUGCCAGCGGUCGCGACGCCCACGUCUGGAGACUAUCCUGGCUUUACUGGUAGCCCUGCAGAGGUUACCUGUGCGUCUGCCUGAAGGAGAGGCUCUGCAGUGUCUCACAGAGAGGGCCAUCACCUGGCAGGGCCGAGCCAAAGAGGCGCUGGAGACGCCUGAGCUGCAGCAGGUGCUGCAGAAGCUGCAGGAACUCAAAGAAACCCUCCACUAUAACGCUGAAGAAGAGGAAGAGGAGAAGAAGGAGCCACAGGGGAAUUCAGUUAUUAUUUUAUCAGACUCCGAGGGAGGGGAGGGAGACGAUGAAGUCAUCGACCUAACAGAGGAGUCACCUAAAAAGAAAGUAAAGGAGAACAGUGCCACUCAGGCCGAAUGUCAAAAUGGUGUCGGCAAGAAGUCAAAUGUUACAAGUGUGAGCUCUCUGCUGGCCCUGCUGCCUUUACUGAAAGGCCACGUGGUGGAGCUUUCCCCAGCCACCAGGGUGCAGCUGGAGGAGCUGCAGCUAGAGGGCGACCUACUGGAGGUGUCUUUGGAUCAAACCCAGACCAUCUACAGAGUCCUGCACGCAGCCUCCGACCCACCCAGAGAGACUCUGCACACACUCAUCCAGAUUGAGCUGGAUGAGCAGAGGCGGACGAGACGAGCACGACCCAAAGAGUCCAAAAGGAAGAGGAAAGGCCACAGAGGAAGCAGCGGAGAAGGGUCAGGAGAAAAGUCACUUGAUGUCUCGCAGUCAAAGAAAACCUGUCCCCUCACUCUCAGCCCCUCUGCUCCCCUCCCCGUCAAGACCCAUCCAGAGAUGUUGUGAUCCAAUCGAGGCCGGAGCUGCGUUCAAAUGGAUUAAUCUAAGAAAUUCAAGGAGCAGAACUUUCUGUGCAGCAAGAUGGAGUGGGUUUCUAAAGAUGCAGGACAUCCGUUCCUCCCUACACCCAUCUCUUCAUCCUCCAUCCAUUUGAUCAGACACGAAACAGAGACAUGACUCUUCAGCUACACUCCAUCGUCAUUAAAACAGUAUUUCACUCUGUUUUUUUCCCGACUUACCGUCUUCCCAACGUUUUCCUCCACCUUCCUCGGAUCCUGUGAACAUUGUGAGGCUGCGCUGGACUGAUGUAAGGCUUGUCGUUAAAGGAACGUCUUUGACUUGGUCUCUGAGGUCCGUCUGCUUUUUGUACUCCUCGUGUUAAACGCUCGCUGACCUGAAGACUCGGGAGCAGCAGCUUCACCUCCUCCAGCUCACCUGUUCUUUAUAAGCUAUGAGUGCAGCGCAGGAUUUUACCUGCUGGCCCGAGACAAGACGCUCCACAGUUACACCUGCAUCUUUGAGUUGUAUUUAUCUUGAGUUCGAAGCCGUUUUCACGGGGGCGUCCAUUUUCAUGAAUAAAGUCCAUUUUGGGAAGUGUUAAAAACGGUCGUUAAUGUUUUUGGUGCUACUUUCCUAAAAUGAAAAUAUGUACCUCUUGGCAUUGUCUUCAUUCUUCUCCCUCAGUUCUGAUGAUUUUAGAUCUCGUUCAUCUUUCUCCGUUUGAUCCACCCCCCCACCCCCAUAUUAUAUUUGGAAAUUAACACAACUUUACUGUAACUCAUGUCUCGUUUCAUUUUGUUUAUGGGCUCAGA